AUGUCAUGUCCGAGAUGGAAGAAGGGCAAAGACGGCAAGGAUUUCUCAGCUCUAGCAGCAGCUAGCCCCAUGUCAAGCAUUGUUGCCGAGCUCCAGUCUUCACUGAAACGAUCUAGACCCGUGGCAACUAUAUCUAGCCACGGCAAGGACGCUAUUCUUGGAGUGAGUCCACAUCAAGCUAUCCUCCUGAACCAAGCUGCCUUUGGCCGGUUCGUGGAAAAUGCCGGAGCAGAGAAACAGUGGUUCCAGCUGGGCGCCGAGGAGGUCUUCUACCUUUGCCAUGCUUUGAAGUGCGUUGUGGUCGAGUCGGAGAGCGGGAAGCAGAUGAGUGAAGGGGAGCUAUGGGAUCACUUGUGCUCCGCAUCAGAGUCGUUUCCUGAGAUGUACAAAGCAUACUCACAUCUCAGAUCAAAGAACUGGGUAGUGCGGUCAGGUUUGCAGUAUGGUACAGAUUUUAUAGCUUACCGUCAUCACCCAGCGCUCGUACACUCAGAGUUUGCCGUGGUUGUGGUUCCAGAAGGAGCAGAGCUUGGCGGUAGGUGUGGCCGCCUGAAGGUGUGGUCCGAUCUACUAUGUGCACUCCGAGCUUCCGGCAGUGUGGCCAAGACACUGCUGGUUCUGACAAUCUCCAGCAGUAUCUGUGAACUGGGAUCGCCAGAUUGUUUGGAGCAGCUGUUUGUUCAUGAGAGGACAAUUACAAGGUGGAUAGCGCAGCAGUGCCGUGAGCAGCGAUGUGAACCAUGCAGAGUAGAACCAAGUAAGGAAGAAGAAGGUCACACAAGAGAAACUGUAGUCUUAAACUAUUGGGGUGUAAUACUAGGCUUCACGGUUCUUUCUACCCUACUUGUAUACAAGCUGAGAUUCUGA